ACUGAGGCUAUGCAUCUCAGCAGCUCCAAGAGUGGAGUAGUGCUGGCUCCAGUGGCCCGAGGUCCUGAUGCCUGUCAGAUGAUAACCAGAGGCCAGUUCGGCCAGGAUCCACCACAAAGAACAGUACUAGGAGUGCUAACUGAGAAUGGGCAGUACAGGAGGACCUGUGGCCAGGGGCUCACCACACUCAGGUGUUUCUCUGGAUCAGAAAAUGCCUUCCCUCCAGCUGGAAAGAAAGCGCUGUCGGACAGUAGGGUUCAGGCACCUGCCAAGCAAGGAUUUGACAUCUACAUGGAUGAGCCUGAACAGGGGGACAGAGAUAGCUGCUCAGGGCGAAAGGGGAUGGCAUUAGAGGAUGCGUAUGAAGUAGACACCAGCGCACUCAAGUCAGACCUUCACUUCCUGUUGGAUUUUAACACAGUUUCCCCUAUGCUGGUAGAUUCAUCUCUCCACUCCCAGUCUGAAGAUGCAUCAGAUUUUGGUACAGAUGUGAUAAAUGUGACUGAAUAUGCUGAAGAAAUUCAUCAGUACCUUAGAGAAGCUGAAAUAAGACACAGGCCCAAGGCACACUACAUGAGGAAACAACCAGACAUCACAGAAAGCAUGAGGACCAUUCUGGUGGAUUGGCUGGCUGAGGUCGGAGAGGAGUACAAGCUCCGCGCAGAGACCCUCUACCUGGCUGUCAACUUCCUGGACAGGUUUCUUUCCUGCAUGUCUGUUCUUAGAGGGAAACUACAGCUUGUAGGAACAGCAGCUAUUCUCCUGGCUUCGAAAUAUGAAGAAAUAUAUCCACCCGAAGUAGAUGAGUUUGUCUACAUAACCGAUGACACCUACACAAAACGACAACUGCUGAGGAUGGAACACUUGCUCCUGAAGGUCCUGGCUUUUGAUCUGACGGUGCCAACUACCAACCAGUUCCUCCUUCAGUACUUAAGGAGGCAAGGAGUGUGCAUCAGGACUGAGAACCUGGCCAAGUACGUAGCAGAACUGAGUCUCCUUGAAGCUGACCCGUUCUUGAAAUACCUUCCUUCACUGAUAGCUGCAGCUGCUUAUUGCCUGGCAAACUAUACUGUGAACAGGCACUUCUGGCCAGAAACCCUCGCCACAUUUACAGGCUAUUCAUUAAGUGAAAUCGUGCCUUGCCUGAGUGAGCUACAUAAAACAUGCCUCAGUAUACCCCAUCGACCUCAGCAAGCAAUCAGGGAGAAGUACAAGGCUUCAAAGUACAUGCACGUGUCUCUCAUGGAGCCACCCAUGGUGCUUCCUCUGCAGUGA